CAUUCAGGUGGAUGCAGGCUGCACCCACUUGGAAAAUCGUAUGGGAAAUGGACUCGGGACAGACCAAAGAUAAAGGGACGGAACACGUCUCGCCCGACCGUUCCGUUUUCCUGUCUGAACAUUCUAGUGCCAUGGGAAAUCACUGUUUCCUUCUCAGUUUCCCUGGCCACCACGUUUACACAUAAGGAGGCGUCCCCUCAGAUAAGCCGGUCCUGCUCGAAGUCAGAGAUGCCACUGCAGAAGGAGAGACGGGGCAGAGCGAAGGAGACAAAGAUGUACAAAGGGAAUUUGACCAAAUCUGCCCCGAUAAUGCUGGAGGAGAAACCAACCGCCAGCGUGGAACACAGUUCUGCACAGAUCAUUAAGCCCUUUCGAAAGAAAAAAGGAGCUCGGAAACGGCGUGUCAAGUCUCGGCCCUGCCAGUGGCGGCCCGCCAAAACCCGGUUAAAAAUCCGAGGCAAGAGGUGUACACUACAAGCUUUUGUUAACAAGAGGUUGCCUCCUCAAUGCCGUGAGAUGUGUUUCUCCAACUUGAUGCAAGGAAGCCCUCCUUCUAAGAAGACAGAUGUGGGAUGGUCAAACAGUCCUGACUCACCAUCUACGGGGAGACGUUUCUCCAGAAAAGGGAACGUGGGUCAUUCUGAACAAAGAAGAGGUUUUAGCAGUGUGCAGGAAAACCAGAGCAGGCUGAGAAAUCCCAGUCCAGUGGCGAAGAGGCGAUAUCACUCAGUUUCCGAAUAUCAAUUUAUAUAUCCAGGAAGGGCCGUUUUCCACUACACGAAAGAAACGGUGAAGCAACAGCUGCGGUCGAUCUAUCUGGGAAAUGCCAUCCAGAAACCAGCCAGAAAUCAUCCGCGCCCAACCCAGAUGCCGUCUUCCUCCUGGGAAAUAAACGGGAGCCGACGGGGGAAUCUAAGUUCUACCACCAAAUGCCCAGUGGGUCGCGAAUUUCUGAGAAGCAUCCCGCGCGGUACCCUAGCCCAAGGACUUGCAGGACUGACCUACAAAAUCCAGAGGUUGGUGCUUGUGAGCAACACAGCUCUGGCAGAGCCUGAAAAUCCACCACCCAGCCCGACGGUCGGCCGGAAGGCAUCCCAGGGACAGGGCCGACCCGCUUCGGCAGGAGCAAAGCCCUCCGCAGAAGCCUUCCAGAGGCUGGGCGGUUGCCUGGCCAGGAAAAGAGGACACGGCUGGGCCGUAAAUCAAGGACACCCCUCCGAGGUGCAAGGAAAAGGAGCUGCCGGAGACGUGGUUACGGUGGACGCCCAAAACUCAGUGGGACUUGUGUCGGGGAAGGAGGGCUGCAAGGAAGCCUCAAGCCGAAUAUACGGUGGAGAAGACUCAAAGGAGGAGGAUUUGCAGAGAGAGGAUGCUGCCAGGAGCAUGCUGGCAGUCACCACGAGCAGCAAACUGCCCGCCACCCGCACCCAGCAGGCCGUCGUCAUUCCAACCGUCACUCAAUACUCAUCUAGCGAUAGUGAAAAUGUGGAAACAUCCUCCUGUGACGCUCGCUCGGACGCCACCACAUUUCCUGGCGGGGACCCCCAGCACGUACCCCCUUGCGAAACCUUUUGCCCAUCGGUGCCAGGAGAAGAGGAGCCGGCUGAAACUCCCGCGGGCUAUUCUCCGGAGAAAAGGAGAUCCGUGGGGCCUUUUGGAGAUACGGAGAGGCGGAAGGUCUUGGAUGCAGAAAUGUCACGUUCCCCGUGAGACCGAAUUGAAUAAGGAAGAGGCUGCACUCGGAUUGAUCGUUAUCUUCAGGCGUGGGAAAGGCACGGCCCAAAAGCUGAUUUCGCAAAGCUAUUUUAAAAGGAAAUAAACGUUUCGAGAAUUGA